AUGCGGCGGCUGUCCCGGCUCUUCUACGAAGGAAUGAAUUUGUCAUCGCAACUGCUGGAUCUUGUCAAGAACAAAUAUUACUUCUUCAAAUCAAGUAUCGACAGACUGCAGUUGGGCAUUGAAAAUCUACGGAACGCCCCAAUUAACGAGGCCGACAUCGCAUCGCUUGAGCCACAAAUCCUCCAACUAAGCGAUAGAGUACGGUAUGUGUUGGCGAGACCACAACUACUGGAUGCAAUCAGUUUCAGCAGUGGACUCACUUUCGUUCAAGGGUUAUCAAAUCUUAGAGAAAUUCUUCCAUCGAGCAGGAGCGCGUUUGAUGCGAAAUUUCGCAGUAUUGGCGCCUACGGAAUGAUCACUCAAGUGAUAAGUGAGAUCAACAAGCUUCUGGCCAAGAUCGGAGCACGACUGUGA